AAGCAGGGGUCCUUGUGAUGUAAACAAGGGUCCUCGGAACAAAAUAUACGGAGAUUAGCCGCACAAUGGUAACCUGAGCUAAGAGAAGAAAAUGAAAAUACCAAAAAGAAAGCUGUUUCUUCUUAUUAUUUUUGCAUAUGUGGCAUUUUCGCUGUAUGCCGCUUAUAAUGUGUUCUUCAGCAAUAAAGUAAUCUCCCGCGUUCACAGGGUGGUGAAGAAAGAGAGCAACGCACCAGCGGGUGGUGUCAGAGAUGGAGCCCCGUUUGUUGCAGAUGAGUGGAAUCCGUGGGAGGACGAAGAGGUGGAGUACAACUCUGCUCUGAACAAGAAGAGAAAGGCCUUCAAACAGUACAUGGCUCGAAUCGACAGGAGCAAGCCCAAAAGAUACAAGGUUCAAAUCUGGGGGAAAGCUGCCAUCGGGCUGUACCUUUGGGAACAUAUUUUAGAAGGACCCCUUAACCCAACUGACAAGGUGGCACAGUGGAGGGAAGGGGAGCUUCAGUCUGGAAAAGUUGAUUUCAGUUUCUACACCGGCCCAGCAGUGGUUCAGGGACACGUUCCCCUGGAAAUGAACAGCCUGGUUUUGGUUCUCAACGGUCGCGAACAGCAGAAAGUUUCUUACUCGACGAGGUGGCUGGAGCAUGUUCAAGCCCUGGUUCAGUCUAAUACCGUGUCCCAUGUGGCCGUGGUCCUGCUGGGCAAUGAGCAAUGCAACAACGACUGGAUCGCCCCACACUUAAAGAGAAACGGCGGAUUUGUGGAUCUGUUGUUCCUGAUCUAUGACAGCCCGUGGGUCAAUGACAAGGACGUCUUCCAGUGGCCCCUCGGUGUUGCCACAUACAGAGAGUUUCCUAUGAUCAGGCCUAAUGCACAGCUGAUUACUUCUAAUCGGCCAUACCUCUGCAGCUUCCUGGGUACUGUUUACAAAAAUUCCUCCAGGGAAGUACUGAUGAAUGUGCUGAAACAGUCUGGCCUAGAUAAGGAAUGUCUCACCACUGCCAGGGAAAAGUGGGUUCCCCAGGAAACAACUGAAAGUCUGAGGCGCUAUCAGACAGCUCUGGCUCAGAGCGAGCUCACUCUCUGCCCAGUGGGGAUCAACACAGAGUGCUACCGCAUCUAUGAGGCGUGUUCCUACGGCUCAGUGCCUGUGGUGGAAGACGUUCUCACUCCUGGCAACUGCGCUGCAGGUCCCAGCUCCCCGCUACGUCUCCUCAAAGCAGCAGGGGCGCCCUUCAUCUUCGUCAGCGACUGGAGGGAACUGCCAGCCAUCUUGGAGAGGGAGAGAGGAAUAAGUCAGGAGCAAAGGGUGGACCGGAGGAGGAGGCUGCUUGAGUGGUACUCUGGUUUUCGUCAGCAGAUGAAGGAGAGGUUCACUGAGGUCAUUGAAGAGAAUUUCUUCAAAACUGUCUGACUGGUGCUUUUAAAUCUUAACAUUGUUAACAAUAAAUGUUUUUAUUUAUGCUGUUUGUGGCAAAAAAAAAGUGGUGUACUACUUACAUAGUGAACUUGGUGAUGUACUCUCUGAGGCUGGUCUUGGAAAAAAAAAAACCCAAACAUUUCUGUUGUCAAAUUGUAAACUUGCUGUUAUUAGUAUCAAUUCUGUACAUUUUUAUUGAGAUGUUUACAGCUGUGGAAUGUACAGGCAUUUAGAAAUCACAAAUUGUAAACUGCCUUUGCAUUUCAGAGUCCCUAUUUUUUAUUUUAAAUAUUGUUUUGUUUCUUAUGCACUGGAAACUGUGAUUUUUAAAAUCUACUAAAUAUUAUGUGUGAAAAAAACAUUAAUAUGCAUUUAGAUUUUGUGUGGGGGAAAAAAAACUUUAAAUACAGUUCAUUUUUUAUUAUGAGAGGCUUAAAAAUUGUUUUUUUAGAUCUUUCAACUGUUAAUAUUUUGAGGUUUGAGUUUUCUAUUUAUUUUAGCUCUGCUCUGCAUGGACUUUAUAAAAUGGUGCAAUUAAUAAAGUGGAGUGUUGUAUAAAAGAA